ACCAGGAACUGGAUUUGACUGGAAACCCUGUUUGGUGGGGACAUACAGUCCUGAACCUGGGCUGUCAGAAGGUUCACAGUGUCGCAAGUGUGAUAGGGGAAAGUACUGCGCCCUGUGGAAUGCCUCUCGGGUCACUGGAGAAUGUAGCCAGGGGUUCUACUGCAUACUGGGAUCCACUACCCCUCACCCUGACCGAGAUGUCCCAGGGGAGGCUGGACCCUGUCCUGCUGGUCACUUCUGUCCACCAGGCACUGCAACUCCAAUCCCUUGUCCGCUGGGGACAUUCAAUGGCAAUUUAAGGAGUAUUUCCAAGGACGCUUGCUCCCUUUGCCUGCCUGGUUACUUUUGUGAUUCAGUUGGCCUGUCCAUUCCAACAGGGAAAUGCCAGGAAGGAUUCUUCUGCUCCUCAGGAGCAAUAGCUCCCAAUAGUCAAAACACAGAUGAACGAGGUGGGCUGUGUCCGAAAGGUCACUUCUGCCCACAGGGCACAUCAGUCCCCCAACCAUGUCCAGAGGGAACCAGCAGUACACAGAAAGGUCUAGCAAGAUGCACAGCAUGUGACAAAGGGUAUUUCUGCCCCCAGAACACCUCACAUUAUGAAGAUAAAGAGUGCCUGGCAGGCCACUAUUGUCCUACAGGGACUAAAUUUGGGAGUGAGUUCCCAUGUCCCAUAGGCACCUACAACCCGAUGCGCAGGAGAAGCAGUGUGCAGGAGUGCCUCUCGUGUGACCCAGGGUUCUACUGUGCCACACCAGGGUCAUCGGAGGCCACUGGCUACUGCUCCGCCGGGUACUACUGCCUGGGAGGAGCUGUGAUGCCCUUUCCUACUGAUGACAUUACUGGAAAUGAGUGUCCCCGAGGUCAUUAUUGCCCAGAGGGCUCCAGGAUUCCACGCCUGUGUCACCCUGGCCACUAUAGCAACAAAACCAAAAACACAGCUCAGUCUGACUGUCUCCCAUGUCCCUCAGGCUUUGCUUGCGCUGCUCCUGGUCUAACUAGCCCUUCUCACACCUGUGAAGCUGGUUUCUUUUGCCCACUUGGCCAGGAGUCUAGCAGGCCAGAUGUGUUCCUUUGCCCAAUGGGGCAUAUGUGCUCAGAGGGAAGUGCAGUGCCAGUAGCUUGCCCUCAGGGGGCCUACCAAGAUCAACGAGGACAGGAAAACUGCAAGCUUUGCCCAUCUGGAUUCUACUGCACAGGUGGCAUGCCAGCACUUCAGUGUCCUAAAGGUCAUUACUGCCCCCCAGGUACCAAGUCAGCCGUGCAAUUUCCUUGUCCUCCUGGCACCUUCAGCAAUAGGACUCAGCUCUCCGACCCUGCGGAGUGUGCACCCUGCGCCCCUGGGAAAUACUGCAGUUCGGCAGGCUUGGCUGAGCCCACAGGAGACUGCAUACCAGGGUGA